AUGCCGCCUCUACAGCCUGCCUCCAUCACGGCUCUCCGGACGGAGUCGGAGCCCUUGUCGUUCGCCAUCGCUCCCGCCAUUUCCUCGGAUGCCUUCAAAUCCGCCCACACACGCGAUCUCCCUCACGCAAAGCGAUGCGAUGACCAUUGGAGUAUCGAAAGUCGAGGCUUCCAAGGUUCAGCGUUGAAAAAGUCCGCGAGCCAGCCCAGUGACUGCAAGGUCAUCUCCCUGGGCACCGGACGGCCCACAGCAGAUUACUAUCCAUGGGACUCUAUGACAACUGAGUCGAUGCCACCGACUCUGGCCGGCGAGUCUUCCAGCAACCAGACUACGAUAGACAAGUACACGGACACGUUCAAUCUAGCCAACGGCCUCAACUACAGCAGCGGGAUGGGCUCCCCUCAUCUACUCCGAUUCGUCACAGAACACGUGGAGAUGAUGCAUCAACUGCGGUACUCAGACUGGGCCGUAUGUCUUUCGUGCGGCUCUACAUCUGCCCUUGACAUCAUAUACCGUAUCUUCUGCAACCGAGGAGACACCGUUCUCACUGAGUGCUAUACCUACCCUGGCGCCGUGGAAGGAGCAGGCCUGCAGGGUAUUCAAGUUCAGGGCGUGUCCAUGGAUUCAGAAGGACUGCACCCGGAUGACUUAGACGACAUAUUACACAACUGGGAUACCUCUCUAGCUUCAAAGCCCCGUGUCUUAUACACGAUUCCCACCGGGCAAAACCCCACUGGGGUCACUCAGAGUGUGGCUAGACGGGAACAGAUCUAUCAGAUCGCGGAAACGCACGACCUGAUCAUCAUCGAAGAUGACCCAUACUACUAUCUACGUCUGGGCAUGCAGUCUGAUGACAGACCUGAUGGGCAAGGUAAUUGGGGUGAUAGCGUGCUCACCGCGAUCGACAGGUUUCAGGCGCAGGCAGUUCCAUCAUAUCUCUCGAUCGAUCGAUCCGGUCGCGUCGUCCGCUUAGACUCAACAUCCAAGAUUCUGGCGCCUGGACUCCGUGCCGGGUGGGUGACAGCCUCAUCGCAGAUCAUCAACAAAUUUGUGGCCUACCAGGAGGUCUCGACACUGGGAAUCAAUGGGCCGACCCAGCUCAUGCUCUGGAAGUUGCUCGAUGAGACGUGGGGUCAUGAAGGCUUUUUAUUGUGGUUGUCUAACCUCUCACGGCAGUAUCAGUCGCGUCGUGAUAUUUUGUUGCGGGCUUGCGAGAAGUAUCUUCCUCGCGGACUUGUGUCUUGGAAUUGUCCCCAAUAUGGGAUGUUUCUUUGGCUGGAGCUGGAUCACCGCCAGCAUCCUCUGCUUCGCCACCAUACGACAAUUCAAUCCGAUAUGAAGACUUUCCUGGUCCAAAUGGAAAGUCGGAUUGUGUUGAAGGCUCUAGAACACGGGGUGCAGGUCACGAAGGGGUCAUUAUUCUCGCCUAACAGAACGCCGGGGUAUGCUCUAUAUCCGAUUGACGACUGCGGCUGCGCCGGCUUUGGAUUUGAGUGA